AAUUUCAAGAAUGCAUUUGGAGAGAGGGACAAUAUGUGUGUUGUAUCAGAUAGGAACGAAAGCAUAAUCAAGAGUGUAAGCAUGGUAUUUCCCAAUGUUCCUCAUUUUGCAUGCAUAUGGCAUAUAUGGAAAAAUGUGUGUACUAAAUACAGAAGGAGCAAAGCUGUACUAAGUGACAUCUUCUAUUCAAUGGCCAAGGCAUACCGAAAAGAUGAAGUCGAUAAAUUAAUGGCCAAAGUUGAAAGAAUCGAUCAACGGGUGGCACAAUAUUUAAAAAAUGCAGGAUACGAAAAGUGGUCAAGGGUUCAUGCCACUGUCAACAGGGGUAGAAUGAUGACUUCUAACAUCGCAGAAUGUAUCAAUGGAUGUCUUGUUGAAGCACGAGAGCUGCCUAUAAUUGACUUUUUGGAGCAAACGAGAAUGUUAUUUGGUUCUUGGAACUGCAAAAAUAGAGAAAUAGCAUCUUAUACAAAACAUACCUUGGGUAGAAAAUUCGAAGAUAUCCUAGUUUCAAACACGAUCAAGUGUUCGAGAAUGAAGGUUGUUGCUUCAUCAGAGUAUCUUUAUUCUGUUUACGAAUUAGGUAUAAGAUACAUUGUGUGUCUAGAGAGAAAAACAUGCACUUGUGGUAGAUUUCAACUAGACGAGAUACCAUGUCCACGUGCAAUUGCAGUGUUGAAGAGCAAGAACAUUACUGACCUGCACCCAUAUUGUUCUGAUUACUACAAACCAGAGGCGUUGGCAAAUACAUAUGAAUUACCAAUGGUUCCAAUGCCAGAUAAGAAAGACUGGACUGCUCCGAAGGAAAUUUUGGAAGAAAUUGUGUUGCCGCCAAUAUACAAAAGGAUCCCAGAAAGACCAAAGAAAGGAAGAAAAAAGUUCGCUAAUGAGAAAAUAACAAGUAGCACAAAUUCUUGUGGACGUUGUGGCCACGAAGGCCACAACAGAAAGACAUGUAAUUUCAUUCCUAAAUAG